UUUUUUUUUUUUUUUUUUUUUGCAUUCUGCUGACAUCCCAAGGUUGAUCUGAAAUAUGUAUGGAAAAUAUAGGACAAGGUCUCGUGAUACCGUAUUGUAAUAAACACGAUACGGUCAGGUGAAGUAGCUCAUAAAACGGUGUUAAGAAAACAAAUCAAAAGUAAACAAUUUUGGCAGUUAUAUGAAAAAAUAAUACAUGACAAAUGUUUCUUGCUUUCUUUGAAAUACGUUCCAUUAGCAAAUGCAUCUCAAAAGCUAUGGCUCCUCAGUUUUCCGCGGUUUUUAUAAGAUUGAUUUUGCAUCACAGACAAAUUAUGCAUUUAAAGUGAUGGCGAGUAAUUUGAAAAUUAAUGUUUAUCAUGCAUGAAAAUUAUCAAAAGGAUUUAAUCAUGCAUACGCAAAUCAAAUGCAUGUGAUGAAGUCUCGAUUUUUAUUAUUUUUUUAAUUUUGUGUGUUCACAUGAGAUAUGAAAAGAAUGUUACAUGCUAAGAUCCACAUCAUAUAUACAUGUAUAUGUCAUAUCAGUCUGAUUGGCACCAUAACAACCCUUGGGUUUAUUUGGGACCUGUUGGCUGAUAUGACGCAUGAUAUAUGGAUUUCAGCACGUAAUAUUGUAUUAUCAUAUACUGCAGUCUCUCAUACUUUACAAUACAGUGUACAUAUUGUAUGCAUACAGUAUAGUAUUUUUGAGGAAAAUAUCUUUUGACCUGAUAUGGAGCCCGACUGGUGAUUUUACAUAAUGAUAUUCUUUUUAUCACAUGUGGGUUAAUUUAUUGCAUUUUAAAGGUAGAUUUUUAAUAUCUGAUAGUUGUCGAACUAUUGUAAAAACCUUGAUUCAUUGAUUAACAAUGUUAAAAACUUCCAUACAUUGAUUAAAUACAGCAAAAACUUUAAUACAUUGAUUUACUAUAGCAAAACCUUUGACAUAUUGAUUGUUACGAGGGAAUACGCAAUUCCCGGAUUGAUAUGCAUUUUUGUACGCCGGCCUGAUAUGUGAUAUGGAUUUUCGGACCGGUCGUUGAUAUUGGCUAUUGUGACGUCACACGUAUCGUGCAGUGCAGAAUCUGCAUAAUCAUUACCAAGUUUAUGAUGAAUAUUUGUUUUAAUUACUCCAUAUAUCUUGAUAUAGAUAGAUUAGAUAAAUACAAAACUGUGUUUAACGUUACAAUUUGGUUUAUUUCAAUAUUUAAAGCAUUAAUACUAGCUGUCAUUUUGGUGUUGGGAAAUUUAGUUCUAAUAUUGUGAUUUUCUAUAUCAAUGACAGAAAAAAAAUUAAUGUUUAUAAACUAGUUAUUAAUAUUUAAUCUGAGGCUCUGAAGGAAGCAUAAUUACACUAUUGUCUUCCCAUACAAAAUCGAUUUUUAUAUAAUACCAUAUGUUUAAUAGAACCAAAUUAUUUAACUUAGUUUUACGUUUAUUGACAAUAAUGGUUAAAAAUCAUAUUAGCACAUUUUUACUACAAGAUAGAAUUUCCAGAACUAGAGCUAAUAUCGCUUUGAUUUAUUCGCUGGGGAGGGAUGUCGCUUAGAGAUUGUUCAUAGUCAAUACAAGGAGUAAAUCAAGAGAAUGCCAGCUUAGAAAACGUCGCUUGAUAUUUGUCAAGUUUGUUUGUUUUUGUUUUUUGUUUGUUUGGUUGGGGUUUUUUUAUUUUUAUUUUUUGGGGGUUUUUUUAUUUUUAUUUUUUUUUUUUUUGGUUGUUUUUUUGUUGUUGUUUUUUUGGGGUUUUUUUUAUUUUGGCGAUUUUUCUGUAAAUACAUCCUCGUCAACGUUCCGACAAAUUGAAUAGCAGGGGAUUAGGUACCACAAUCAAUGUCAACAGAAUGUUGAUAACCAGCGCACUGAGAUUACGCAGUCUGUAUCCGUAUGUUAAACUACAUGUACAUUGUAAUUGUGAAUCAGAGCUGGAAAUUUUCAUCAGUAAUUAAGAAUUAAUAGCGAACAUACAUGUAAUAUCAUAUAUGUAGUUUUACUGGAUAUUUGAUAACCGACUGCUCCACUUUACUCCUAUAGUAUAAACCAACUUUAUUUUGCGAUUUACCCAUGGUAAACUUGUAGCGGCGACUAAUUUUCAAUCCGCGAUAGUUUUAAACAAAUACAAUUAGACUGAUUCGCGGUGAGAUAUAAUCGUGAUGACGAUUUUCUAGUGAAUCUCACGAAAAUUUCUCUCUCGCAAAUAGAAAUUGGUUUAGGGUGAAUUUAGUAUCUUAGGGAUUUGUUUGUAACAAAGAAUCAGGUGAAGCAGAACAAUGUUUAAACUUCUGAGAGUAAAUUGUUAAACGAAUUGCCAUCUGCCUCUUUGAUAAGCAUAAAUAACCUCUUUUCUCUUUAGAUUUUGAAAUUUGUCAAUAAUGUAAAUAAUGACGCGGCAAUAAAAGUGAUCAAUACUAAGGAGAGUAACAUUUGAAUGAAGUGAACUGAUUUUUAAUUGAUUUCUUUGACCACUAUCAUGAAAAUUAUACAAUCAUACACUCCUAUAUUUUUCACAAUGUGCGUUCCCUGACAUACAUUUUGAUGUUUUAGGCCAAUCAACAUGUCGAAAUUCAGCUAUCUGUCCAAACCACGGGAAAAACCGUACAGAUACUGCACCAUAACGGAACUAAUAGAGAAAAACACGGAGCGAUUCCCAGACCAUGAAAUCCUAAUUCACCGGGGCGUGGAAGGAUCACGUGAGGCGCUGACGUAUAGAGAACUAUACCUAGAAGCCUCCAAAUUAGCCAGGUUUCUCGUCUACAAGGGUAUUGAGAAAGGCGAUAAGAUAGCUCUGUUCGGACCAAACACACUGGAAUGGGUAGUUGGAGAACUAGCAAUUGUGUUGGCAGGAGGCGUAGCCGUUCACGUGACAAUCAGCGUCACUGACGCUAGAGACUUAUGGGAUAUUUUUCACGAAGCUGAUUGCAAAGCAUUCUUGAUUGAUCCGGGGAAAGGUGAAGCGUAUCUGGAUGCCAUUUUUCAGCUUUUAGCGCUCUUCCGACGUCGUCGUCCUUCGAGGGAUUAUAAGGACAUUGAUUCGAAUGACGCUACUGUUCUAUUUCUCAGACAAGUUGACGGAAUCCAAAGUUACCGCGAUCUGCCUGGGAUUCAGAAAAUGGAAGACUCCAGGGUACAGCUGCCCCCACUGUACCCGGAGGACGAAAUUCUCAUUUUCACGACAUCCGGCAGCACAGGAAAACCAAAGAUGGUUUCACAUUCUCAUUUUGAUGUCACCAAUAUUGACUUAUUUGAAAAAGAGCCAACGUCGGAGUCAAUUCGGGAGAAGAUGUAUAACGACAGACCGUUUGGUUGGGUAGGGGGGUCACCUGUUAUCCAAGUUAGUAAUGGCAUCACAAGAGUCUUUAGUGACUCCUCAGUAGCGAUUAAAGGCGCUGACGUGAUGAAAGUCUGGGACAUGAUCAAAGAUGAAGGAUGUUCUAAAGCCCUAUUGAUGCCAUAUUGCCUCGGUGACUUGAUCAGUCUUAAAGACUGUUAUAAGGAUGAGUUUAAGCUCGAUGUGAUCCUAUGUGGAGGGCAGAUGAUCGAUAAUUACUAUACGCAAGUUGUGGGAGUUUACACGAAAAGUCUCGUGGUGGUAUAUGGAUCGACAGAGGCGGGCUUUGUGACGAUGGGGUCAGCCUUGGAUGAAGGAGACGUGUUAGAAAUCGGCGAUGUAGGCGGUCCGUGCGGAGGAGUAGAACUUAAAGUCGUGGAUGAAAAUGGAAAGGUGGUUUCUAGAGAAGUAUCGGGAGAACUCUGCAUCAGAAGCCGUAUGACUUUUAAGGGGUAUUUCAAGAAUGAAGAAAUCAACAAAACGUCAUUUCUUGGAGACAAAUGGUUUCGUUCGGGCGACACGGCCAUGAUCACAGAAAACGGCAGCGUUUUCAUUCAGGGGCGGAUCAAAGAUAUUAUUUCCCGUGGCACCAGAAAAAUCAUGCCGGACUCGGUGGAAGACGUCAUCAUUCAGAUGGGCGGUCUUCUCCACGUGGCCGUUGUUCCUGUUCCAGACAGACGUCUGUAUGAAGAGGUCUGUCUCUGUUUUGUUCCGGAGAAAAAAGAGGAUGUUACGGUUACAGUGAAUGACGUCAAACGGUUUUGCGAGGAACAUUUUGAAGUCAGGCAAUCUGCAGACGGUCUUGGUGAAAAGCCGACAUAUUUCCUACAGUUCGAAUCGUUUCCCAUGCUCACCACUGGGAAACCAAACAAGCGAAAGAUAAAAUUAGAAGCAGAGAAACGCAUCAAAUCACAGGAGUAGUUCUACAAUUCUUCAUUUCACAUGUAUCUACAAACUAUCUAUCUUUAAUUGGAUCUUCUUCUUUCGAUAAGAAGCCAUAUCUAUAUAUUUUGUACUACAUGUAUGUUACUCGGAUAUGUAA